GGCCGACGUGCUCUGUGAGCGGCGCCCCGGCGGCCGGGCCGGCGCCUCUCGAGCGCCCGCGCCCAUUUUGCCCGCCCGCUGAAGAGAGCCGUACGCGGCCUACACGCUCCGGGGACAGCCCUUUAAGGCGGCCUCGCCGCGCGCGCCGGCCUCCUGAGCCAGGGGGGACGCUCUUUUGAAAUUCGGUCCUAAGACAGUUCAGGUUUUAUUUUAUUUCGCUUUGUUUCCAAGUUACGGCCCCUGAAUUUUGUACAACUCUCCCUGGACCACUUCCGGUUGCCGGCCCUCGCCUCAUAACUUCGGUUCGGGUGACCUCGGCCCGGGAUGCCCCUCGGCUCGCCCCAGGCUCACGUCCCGAUCCUGGCUUGAGUGGCCCAGGGCGGGGGACCUGGAAGUUUUAGCCUCGCUGCUCCUGAGGCGGAUUAAUUAGCCCAAGAAACAUUAUAUUCAUUUUUCUGGAUAUGCCGCAGAAGGAUCCGUGCCAGAAACAAGCCUGUGAAAUACAGAAAUGUUUACAAGCCAACAACUACAUGGAAUCUAAGUGUCAGGCUGUCAUCCAAGAACUGCGUAAGUGUUGUGCUCGAUAUCCUAAGGGAAGAUCUCUCGUCUGUUCGGGAUUUGAAAAAGAAGAGGAAGAAAAGCUGACACUGAAGCCUACAUCAAAGUAAAGUUCUGCUGAAAAGUUAAAUGCUGCACCAUGUAUCCACCAAGCAAGUUUUGUCUUCCUGACUCUCUUCAGGCCAGGUAGCAGCAAAUAUCAAAUAAAGUCAACUAUAGAAGUUAAUAUGCCAUCUAUGCAGAACAGAUAGACAUAUAAAUAUAUUAAAUAUGUAGAAUGUAAUAAAACUGAGCUGCUAAAAUAAACCUGUUAAGUGAAAAA